AGCGUAUCGGGUAUCGCCUUGACGGGAUUAGUGUCAGGUUUUCUUUAAAAAAGAGCAUACGUUCGUUUCUGCCAAGCAGUCAACGUCCCGUUCUCAGCAGUUAAGCAAGUGUCUACGCGGUUAUCACUAGCUUAGGCGCUCAACAUUCUGUUUCACUUUGCGUCCAAUUGAAUUAGUUUCACAAUCCGAUCGCAAUGGACUUGAUGUCGAUGGCUCACGACGAUGGCCAUACAACCGCUGCGGCCCACACUUGUCCCAUGAUCAUGGUGUUUCAUGGCGGCCACUGUGAACGAAUUCUGUGGCGCAGUUGGGUGGCCUACACCGUUACCGAAUUCGCCUUCUCCUGCAUUGCCUUCUUCGCGAUGUCUUUCCUGUACGAGCUGCUGAAGUUUCUGCGCGUUCAACUGGCUCGUCGAGAAGCACGCAAGGAGGCUGAGCAAUUGGCCGAAGAGCAGCGCCGCAAGGCCUUGGGUGACUGCAACGGCUGUUCUGAGACGCAACUGGCCGAAAUCAAGGAUAAGACAUAUUGGCAGCGCAUCUUUAAUAUGCCUCACAUCAUCCAAGCCCUGUUGAACUUCAUCCAAAUCAUCAUCUCGUACUUGCUUAUGUUGGUCUUCAUGAACUUCAACUAUUGGCUGUGCCUGUCUGUGAUUUUGGGCCUGUCCUUUGGCUACUUCUUCUUCGGGUACGUCCAGAAAGAUCCGAAGGAAAGCGACUGCUGUCCAUAGUCUGGACCCCAUUAAACCUAUGCUCACACUUUCGGCCUACUAAAUCGGAAUUAAUUUACACUUUUAAUUCCAAUCAAUAUACUUGUAAAUAUACUGACAUACUCAAGGCAACAGC